AUGGCAAAACUACCUAAAAACCACCCAAUAAUUGUUGAACUAACAAAAAAGGUAGAAUAUGCCCAAAAGUAUGCCAAAGAGGAGAGCAGAGAAAUGAAAAGAAAAAUGGGCAUCCAACUUAAAAAAAUCUUUGACCAACAACUGGCUAAACAUAAAGACAAAACCGAAAAACUGCUUCAAGAAUUAAGAAUUAUCGCCUCUCAAAAAAAGAAUCAUGGUAAAUAUGAAUGUAUUCGUUGCGAUAAUAGGUUAAAAACUGUAAAAGAGGGAGAUGAAAUAGAAUUUGUUCCUGGAAUAAGAGUUGAUU